AUGAUAACUUGUGGUGUACACCAAUGCUGUGCUGACAGAAUAUGGAACUUUUUACUGAAAUGUAAGAUUUCUCGUGGCCUCAUUUUCUUUUAUUUGCUAUUGGCUACUUCUGGCAGAGCUCAGGAUGGUUUUUUAGGACAAUACAGGGCUGUGUUUAAUGCUGCAUGUAACGAUGUCUGGACUCUGUCACCUGGAGUUUCUGUGCCUGCCCUUCAAAACUUCACAGUUUGCAUUUCCCUGAAACUGUACACUACCAAAAAUCCUUGGACUGCAUUUGUCUACAACAAAAAGGAACUUAAUGGCACUCCUUCUGGAAACACCCAUGAACUUGGACUUGCAGGAAAGCAUGACAAAUUGACUUUUUGGGUGUUUGGCAAAGAAAUAACUUUGGCAGAAGGACUGGAUGAACGCACCUGGUAUCAAGUAUGCAUAGUAUGGACAAGUGAACUACAGGAAGUGAGAUUAUAUAUAAAUGACCAAGAGAAAAAAACGGAAAAAAUAUCUACAAGUGGGGUACUUCAUCCAGAUGGGGAGCUUUUACUUGGCUGCUCAGAGUCACCAGACAUACCUUCAUCUUCUCCAGAGGGAGUGGUUGGGGAACUGUAUAUGUUCAGAAUGUGGGCUACAGCAGACAUAAAUCAUACUCGAGACUGCCAAGAUGGCACCAUUAUACGCUGGAGGAAGGAGUACUGGAUCCAUAAUAAGACAGCACGUUACAACAACUCUUUGCCUUGUGCCAAUGCUAAAAAUGGCCGGUCAGGACUGCAAGCAGAUCCCGUAACCACCCCAGAUUCAUCUUCAUAUGAAGCUGUGCCUUCUGCAGGAACAGAAUUUUCAGAAAAUAAUGUGUGUAACUUAGCAGCCCUGUGUAAAGACUCAGUCUUCUACACGGGCACUAUGAAAUUGCAGACCAAUGAAAACAGCACAGAUGAUUCGUUUAAACUAAAACUACACUUUUCUAGAGACAACACCAGUGAGGUUACAAAACUCCAGAUGCCAUUUAUUCAUCCCUCCUUGCAGGAACUAAAUGGUAUGCAUAAAGUAACCUGUGCUGAGCACAGUUCAUCUGCCCCACCAGUAUCACCUUUUGCUCCAUCUGGCAGGCCUUCUAUCGCUGUAACCCAGCCUGACACUUUUUCUCCCAAAUCAAUCACUAUGUCUCCUCCACUGCUGACCACACCUACAGCAUACUUUCCUGCUCCCACUCAGAUGAAAAGUACACUUCUUCCUUUCAUCAAACAAACCUCAGUGGUCCUUCCUUCUCCACUUCCGACAAUAUCUAACAAACCAGUUGUUCCAUCUCCUGUUCCUCCUUUUGACACAACUACUACAGUCCUUUCUACCUCAUUGUCUACGAAACCUACUGCUGCACCUUCUGUAGCAAAGCAUCCCAUCUUACUUACCACUGAAGUAUCCCACGCUACAUCUUCUGCCAUACCUACAACAGCAGUUUUGCCAGCUACAUCUUCCUCCUCAUCUGCCACAACCAGUGCUUUUGACAUAAAUUCCAAAACCAUUCCAAUUGGAAACCCAGAACAAACAUUUCCAAGUGUCACCGAUGGUAUUAAUUCGUCCUCUAUUGAGAACAUAAUAUCUGAAAUGGAGAGGGCAUUGUCUGCUGAAAAAAUAGAACAAAAUCAUGCUGAAGAGAUGGUGAACACAGUUAGUAAACUUCUGGAUAAUCCCCAGCUGCAAAUAUCUUCAAUGUCUAAAAGAAUACUAAAAAUAGUGGAUGCAAUUGGCUUAAAAUUGAACUUUGCGGCAGAAUCCAUUAAUUUAACAUCCCCUUCCCUGGCUCUGGCAGUUCUGAAGAUCAACAGCAGCUUCUUUAAUGGUGUUUCUUUUGCUGUUAAAGAUUCCUCAGACCUACAGGUGGCACUAGGAACUCAAGCUCCUACAGGUAGUGCUGGAGCCAUUUCACUCCCGUCAUCAAUAAUAACAAAUUUGUCAGCUGGAGACAGAAAUUUGGCUUCUAGAAUUAUAUUCAAUUUUUUUGAGAAGACAACUUUGUUCCAGGAUCCCUCAUUGAACAAUGCAUCUCUGAUCAGCGGUGUUAUAUCAUCAAGUGUUGCUAAUCUCACAGUGACCAACUUGAAGACAAAUGUUACUGUCACACUCAAGAAUACUAAGCCUAGCCAGGAAAAUUUUACUGUCAGAUGUGCAUUCUGGGACUUUACUAAAAAUGGUGGCAAUGGAGGCUGGGCCUAUGAAGGCUGCAUGGUAAAAGAGAGAAGAACACAUGAAACCGUCUGUAGCUGCAACCAUCUCACAAGCUUUGGAGUUCUACUGGACUUAUCAAGAAAUACCACUCUAUCUCCCAUCCAAGUGCUGGUUUUGACUUUUAUCACCUACAUAGGCUGUGGUCUUUCUGCAAUUUUUCUUUCUAUUACCCUUGUUACAUACAUUGCUUUUGAGAAAAUUCGAAGAGAUUAUCCUUCUAAAAUUCUUAUUCAGUUGUGUGUCGCAUUACUUCUACUGAACUUAGUUUUCCUCCUGGAUUCAUGGAUUGCUCUGCAUCAUAUCGAAGGACUGUGCAUCUCAGUUGCUGUGUUUCUUCAUUAUUUCCUCUUGGUUUCUUUCACUUGGAUGGGGCUUGAAGCCUUCCACAUGUAUCUUGCCCUUGUCAAAGUGUUCAAUACCUAUGUUAGGAAAUACAUACUGAAGUUCUGUGUUGUUGGCUGGGGUGUCCCAGCACUAGUAGUAGCUAUUGUAUUGGCAAUAAGGCCAGAUAACUAUGGGCUUGAAUCAUAUGGAAAGUUCCCCAAUGGCUCAUCUGAUGAAUUUUGCUGGAUUAAAAAUAACAUUGUUUUUUACAUUACCGUUGUGGGAUACUUCUGCGUAAUAUUCUUGUUGAAUAUCAGCAUGUUUAUUGUAGUGCUGAUUCAGCUCUGCAGAAUCAAAAAGAAGAAACAACUCGGUGCCCAGAGAAAAACUAGCAUUCAAGAUCUCAGGAGUGUUGCUGGCCUUACCUUCUUAUUGGGAAUUACUUGGGGAUUUGCCUUUUUUGCAUGGGGUCCUGUAAAUCUUGUAUUUAUGUACCUCUUUGCCAUCUUCAACACCUUGCAAGGGUUUUUCAUUUUCAUCUUCUACUGUGUAGUGAAGGAAAAUGUUCGUAAACAGUGGAGACGCUAUCUGUGUUGUGGAAAAUACAGGCUGGCUGAAAAUUCUGAUUGGAGUAGAACUGCUACUAAUGGUUUAAAGAAGCAGAAUGUUAACCAAGGAGUAUCCAGUUCUUCCAAUUCCUUGCAAUCAAACAGUAACUCUACUAAUUCUACCACAAUGCUAAUGAAUAAUGAUUAUUCAGUGCUCACGAAUGGAAAUGGCAACAUCCCUAGUGAGAAGAAUGGUGUUUCUUUUAAUGUGCAGAAUGGUGAUGUGCGACUUCAUGACUUCUCAGGAAAACAGCUUGUAUUUCAUGAAACUGAUGAUACAGAGCCUAAAAAAUCUCGCAUUUCACUGAGAAGGACUUCAAAGCGAGGGAACCUGCAGUUUAUUGAACCAAUGUGAUUUUUAAAAAGUCCACUUUGUUUCAUAGUGUGAAUACAGAUAUAUUUUAACUGUUUUACAUAAUGUGAGAAGAU